AUUUCGACAGCAGCAAUGGCUAAGAGUGAGUGAUCUCCGAUUGUAUCUGCGUUUCUCGACGUGCUCUGCUUGGUUGCGAUUGAUUUGGACGGCGCGCUCCCGAUGGAUUGAUGGAUGGGUUGACGGGAGUGCGGCGGAUUGGCGACCGACGUUGACAGCAAAGCCAAUCCGAGAACGACAUGGCGACAACUAAAUGAUGAUUUCUUCUCUGGCACCUCUUGUUUGAUGGCUCGCUGGCCGUAAAACCCCGGCUUGUCCGAUGAGCUCACCGAAGAUUACUUUUCUGAAUAUGCGACACCCAUCAACUCAGCACCGAGCAAAGCACGUUGAACAUGCAGAUACUACAGUUAUAUGCCACUCAGGCUCAGAAGGCCGCCCUUAAGGGUACCAACGGCAAGAUCCAGAAGAAGAUCAGGACCACUGCCACCUUCCACCGCCCCUCCACCCUCAAGCUUGCCCGUACCCCCAAGUACCCCCGCAAGUCUGUUCCCCACGCUCCUCGCCUCGACGAGUUCAAGGUCAUCGUCAACCCCUUGAACACCGAGUCCGCCAUGAAGAAGAUUGAGGAGAACAACACUCUCGUCUUCAUCUGCGACAUCAAGGCCAACAAGUACCAGAUCAAGGCUGCCAUCAAGAAGCUCUACGACGUUGAGGCUCUCAAGAUCAACACCCUCAUUCGCCCUGACGGUACCAAGAAGGCUUACGUCCGCCUCACCGCUGAUGUUGACGCCCUUGACGUCGCCAACAAGAUUGGCUUCAUCUGAACUACUCGCCAGUAGUCUAUGAUGAAUGGGGAGGGAGAUAAGAGGCCUUGAGACGGAUAUAGAACAGGUUCUUGGAUUGG